UCUCUUUUUCUAAAAUCCUAUGUCUAAUUUUUCAACACCCGGUACGUGCACGCGCGCGUUUCUGCACGCAUGCCUUGGUGUGCGUGCCGCGAGCUCUGUUCGGGCGCGCGCACGCGUCCGCUCGGUGGUAAAGAAUCACCGUAAACUCCGCAUGCCUGUCUCGUUCCCCUCUACGAGCAUCGCGGCCGCGACCGCGGCGGCGGCGACGACGACGAUGACGACGACGACGACGACGACGACGACGACGUCGACCACUCCUCCUUUUCUUCCCUCUUCUCGCAUACAAUCGGCCACCUACUGCGCACCACCGCGCCUGUCGCGAACAGUGCCGGACUAUGAGAUACGCAUAAACGUGGACCUGACAUUUAUACAGAAGAAAGAAGCUUGCCUCGGAGCACUCGGGAUGUCUCGAUGUUGCUCCACUUUUCUCGCGAGCUAUUGUCCCUGGACUCGGUCUCAGGUCCAGGACAAGGAUAAUAAAAAACAGGAAACUUUACAUACUUCCAAGACGUAAGCAUCUGAGAAGUCUCAUUGAAGCUGCACGUACAUCUAAAACACAUAGUAGAGGAAAGAAGACAAUCAUAAGACAAUAAUGGUUUUAAUUUUGUUAACUCGAAUUUCUCUUUGCCUUCGCUCGCUCCAACGACCUAGCCACAUCCCUGCGGUCCCUUGCUGCGACGUUCGAGGAGAGCAGGUGUGUGCGAAUGUACAUACAUACAAAUUCACAUUCAUACACGCAUCAUGCAUACGUGACGUACACAUGCGCACGCACGUCCGACGUAGGCCGCGUCGCGCGCAUAGCUCGGUUACGACGCGCGAUCGGCGGCACGCAUCUGUGUGAAUCGGACGCCGACAGCCGUCUAGUCAUGUGACCUUCCCGUCAAAAUAGCCUGCGUACCUCCCCGCGCAUUACGCACACAUUGGUACGGGGCGGCAUGCCUGCACACGCAUCCGCGAACGACGCGACGUGGAGGCGCGGCCGCGACGUGCGCGCUCUUGGUAUCGUUGCCAUCUUGUGUUCAUUGUCAGGGACGGCACGAGGCUCAUCGGUGUCGACAAUGACGAUGACGCGCUACUCAUCUUCUGGGAUACCGCCGACUGGUAUCCUUAAUGCGUUGUGAAAAUGGAAAAGAUCGUUGACUAAAUUAACUCUUUGAAAAUUAUUUGACGUCUUGGCGUUUCGUCAUCUUCUGAAAAUGUUAAAAUAUCACAGAAUGUAAUUAAAUGAUAAGACGACAAAAAUAGGUUUUUCAUACAUGCUAAAAAAAGAGUGAAUGGAUCUGAUAAUCUCGUAGCGAAUAAUAGAGUUCAAAAUAGAAUAAAUAUUGUAUUCAUUUAUUAUUCUCGCUUAUACUUCCUAAAGAGUUUGUAAAAUGCAAGUCGUAGAAU